UCCGGUUCUGCCGGCCGUGUGACUUUUCAAAACUGGGGCGCGAUUCAUGGGAUGCAACCAUGUCGGAUCUCAGUGAGCGCAGGCCGGUCAACACGGACUACGCUGUCUCCCUGCUGGAGCAGCUCAAGUUCUUUUACGAACAGAAAUUGCUGACUGAUGUUGUGCUGCUGGUGGAGGACACGGAGUUCCCAUGUCACAAGAUGGUCCUGGCCACAUGUAGCUCCUAUUUCAGGGCGAUGUUCAUGAGUGGCCUCAGCGAGAGCAAACAGACCCACGUCCACCUGAGGAACGUGGACCCGGCCACCCUGCAGAUCAUCAUCACCUACGCCUACACGGGCAACCUGGCCAUCAGCGAUAGCACCGUGGAGCCGCUCUACGAGACUGCCUGCUUCCUACAGGUGGAGGACGUCUUGCUGCAGUGCAGAGACUAUCUGGUGAAGAAGAUAAACGCUGAGAACUGUGUUCGCAUGCUGAGCAUCGGCGACCUGUUCAGCUGUAGCGAGUUAAAGCAGAGCGCCAAGCGCAUGGUUGAGCACAAGUUCCCCAUGGUGUACCGACAGGAGGCCUUCCUUCAGCUGUCCCACGAGCUGUUGAUAGAUGUCCUUAGCAGCGACAACCUCAACGUGGAGAAGGAGGAGACGGUGCGCGAGGCGGCCAUGCUGUGGUUGGAGUAUAACAUGGAGGCGCGCUCGCAGCACCUAUCCUCCGUGCUCAGUCAGAUCCGCAUCGAUGCCCUGUCAGAGGUAACGCAGCGUGCCUGGUUCCAGGGUCUGCCGCCCAAUGACAAGUCCGUGGUGGUGCAGGGCCUCUACAAGUCCAUGCCCAAGUUCUUCAAGCCUCGAUUAGGCAUGACCAAGGAGGAGAUGCUGAUUUUCAUGGAGGCCAUGUCAGAAACGCAAGGUGAGGGCUAUGUAAUGUCCGGGUCCCUGCCUACUACGGUAGUGUGUUACAGUCCGCAGGCAGAGAAAGUGUACAAGCUCAGCAACCCCCCGGGAGACCUGCAGAAGGUGGGGACCCUGGUCACGCCUGACAACGACGUGUUCAUCGCUGGCGGACAGAUCCCUCUCAAAAACUCUAUCACCAACCACGGCAAGAGCGGCAAGUUACAGGCGGUCUUCCGCUCGGUCGAUAGCUUCUUCUGGUUUGAUGCCCAGCAGAAUGCCUGGGUACCCAAAACCCCCAUGCUGUGUGCCCGAAUCAAGCCCUCGCUGGUCUACUGCGAGGGCUACAUCUAUGCAAUCGGGGGAGAUAACGUUGGAGGAGAGCUGAACAAGCGCACGGUAGAGCGCUACGACUGCGAGAAGGAUGAGUGGAGCAUGAUGAGCCCCCUGCCCUUCGCCUGGAACUGGAGCACCUCCGUGGUGGCACACGACUGCAUCUACGUGAUGACCCACGACCUGAUGUACUGCUACUUCCCCCGAGCCGACACCUGGGUGGAGAUGGCUAUGCGCAAGACCAGCCGCUGUUUCGCCUCCGCAGCGGCCUUCGGUGACCUCAUUUUCUACAUCGGUGGCCUCCACGUGGUCAGCAACUCUGGCAUCCGCCUGCCCACGAGCACCAUCGACGGCUCGUCCGUCACCGUGGAGAUCUACGACGUCAACAAGAACGAGUGGCGCCUGGCUGCCAACAUCCCUGCCAAGCGUUACUCGGACCCAUGUGUGCGGGCAGUGGUGCUGCUCAACUCGCUUUGCAUUUUCAUGCGCGAAACCCACAUGAACGAGCGCGCCAAGUAUGCUAUCUAUCAGUACGACGUGGAGCUGGACUGCUGGUACCUGCGGCAGCCCGUGUCCGAACGCGUACUCUGGGAUCUGGGUAAGGACUUCCGCUGUGCGGUGGGGAAGCUGUACCCCUCCUGCCUGGAGGAGUCCCCCUGGAAACCCCCAACCUACCUCUUCUCCCCCGACGGAGCCGAGGAGUUCGAGGUGGACGGGGAGCUGGUGACCCUCCCUCACGUAUAACUCUGAACCUCCCCUCCCCUACCUCGCUGACUGAAGCAGGAAAUCUGUAACGCUGAGGGAUGAACAUGAAGGGGGGGCCGAUGAGUUCUGAGAUAUGAAAGGGUUUGAUGUUCUCUGUUGUGGAGGGAUCUCUGGACUAUGGAGGUUUGCAUUAGCUACAGCUGUUGCUGGGGAAUGAUGCAACCCAAUACAAGAAGCUUGGAGCGAAAAAGAUGCCCC